AUGUACAGCAUCGCACAUAGCUUUAAAAAUACACUUAAUCAUCACCAUUAUAGACAUUUUAAAGAGUUGUUCCACAUAACCCAUGGAAUAUUUUGUACAAAUUUGAGAUUCCAUGGCACACUGCACUGGAGGGGUGUAAAUAGUCCAAAUGACCUAAGGAUUAUGUGUUCGCACAUUAUUAAUGACGCAAAAAAAAUUUUGGAUUGCACAUUUAGCAGGCAAAAUCCGAGUGCUGUCGAACUACUUUGUAGUAUUGACCAUGUAUCAAAUAUGCUAUGUCUGUUGGCAGAUCCAGCAGAAUUUGUUAGAACCGUACACCCUGAACCACAAUGGCGUAUUGCUGCAAAUGAAGUGGUAAAUGAAGUUAGUAUGUUUAUUGAAAAGGUCAAUAUGGAUAAACAUUCUUAUGCAGUUCUAAUAAAUGCAAUAAAUGAAACCGAAAGUUUGACUUUUGAACAACAAAAGGUACUAUAUCAUAUGAUCGCUUCAAUGCGAGACCACGGUGUACACUUUACACAAUCUCAGAAAAGUGAGUAUUUAGCAUUGUUACUUCAAGAGAGGGAAUUAUCGCAAAUUUUGACGGAUACACAACGCAAAUAUAUCAAAAUUCCUACAUCACUAAUACCUCCCAAUUACAUGAACCAAAAUGAUUUCAAAUAUAAAGAGCUACUGCUUGAUUAUUCUUUGGGCAAUCAUUUAAUGAAAUAUACACAUGAUACAAAUAUGCGCAAACAAAUUUACUGUUGUUUAAUGCAGAGAUCGCAGACAUUAGAUCAGUCAUUAUUGAAUUUGACACAAACUAGACACAAAAUGGCCAAAAUGAGACAAUUUAGCAGUUAUUCAUCGUUAUCAUUGCGUGACAAUAUAUUAUCUACUCCAGCACAAGUCGAUAAAUAUUUAACAAAUAUACUGGAUUCAAUUAACUCAUCAUUGGUUGAUGAAUUGCAUCUCAUUUCAGCAAAUGUUAAUGAGAUAAAUCCUUGGGAUUUGGAUUAUCUGGUUUCACAAUAUGAAAUUAAACACAUAUCUGAUGAAAGAUUCACUUUUAAUUCCUUGAUGGAUUUUUUCCGCAAAAUUGUGAAAUCAUUGUUUGAUAUACAAAUAGUUGAGUCUCAAGAUAAAGGUUCUUGGGAUGAACUAAUGAAGUAUCAUUUUGUCAAAGAUGGUAUCAAAUUGUGCACAUUGUACCUCGACAUUUUUAAUAGGGAUGAGAAGAAUGGUAUAUUCGCACAAUUCACUCUCAAAUGCUCAAAAUCAUUAUCUACCUAUCUUAAUAAUCAUGAGCUAGGCACUUCUUUGAUUGAUAAAUACUUUGAUCUGACAGAUGGUCAGCACAUAACAUUUCAAACUCCCAGCACGGCCAUAGUUUGCAAUUUCCCCAGAGAUUCAUCUGAAACAAAUCUGGAUAUUAACCAGGCAAUUAUGUUGUUUCACGAGCUAGGCCAUACGCUGCAUACAUUACUCAGCCUUACGACAUAUCAGCAUUUAUCUGGGAAUAGAGGAGGAGUUGAUUUUGCCGAAUUUUCAUCGCAUCUUUUUGAAUUUUAUCCCAGAAAGAUCUUAAACACUAAUAAUAGCAACAAUUUGCAAUGUAUAGAGCUAGCAAAGAUGGCAAUACUAGCACUUUCGGAUCAAAUUGUCUACUCUAAUGAGUGGCAUGAUUACACUCAUCUCACAAGUACUGUACGGGAUAAACUACUACAAUACCCAACUCUAAAUCAAAGCGUCAAGGGUAAUUUAGUAUUGGAUAUAAUUGGAUUGCCCAAUCUCUCUAAAUUUGAUCACCUUGUCCACUAUGGAGGAACAUAUUACUGUUAUCUGUAUUCCAGAUCACUGGCUGGAAUGAUUUGGAAAUUGACAGCUGAAGGAAACGAAUACUCCGCCGCCUUCGGUCAACAACUGUACAAAUUCUUUAGCCAAGGUUCAAUUGACUCGAGUAUCAAACCCAUACUUGACAUUUGCAAUGGAAAUUCUGAUUUAUUAAAGCACCCUGAAAGUAUUAACCCAAAAUUCACAUUCAUGUAA